AUGAGUUCUCCGCUCAGAGAUAACCCUAUGUCGGGCAACAGAGGGGCAGCCUCGCGCGGUGGUCGCAAGCGCUCGCGCACCGGUGGCGAUGAUGCUACUUCCUCUGUUGGCCCUGGCUCCAGCCCCAUGCCAUCGUCUCCCCCUGCGCCGUUUAGCAUCGCUCACGGUGUCGAGGAUGACGACGACAUUGAAGAAGAAAACGAGAUUCAAGACGACAUUGACGACCUCGAUGAGAUGGCCGACGACGAUGUCGAUCUAUUCCGCGAAGGAUACGAGGCCGACUACAGAGAUAGAGAAGGUGAUCAGUACGAAACUGUUGAUCUUGAUGAUGAGGGCGACUACGACGACAUGGACCUCGGUGCCCGACGCCGCCUCGAGGCACAGCUGAGCAGACGUGAUCGCGAGGUUGCUCGCAGACAGCGCAUCCCUGCUGCCUUCCUUCCUGGCGAUGAUGACGAUGGCGAUAUUGAUCUCACUGCUCAGCCUCGCCGCAGACGCCAUCACUACGACGAGGACCCCGACGAGGCCAUGGACACCGACAUUAUGGAAGAGGAGCUUUCCCUCGAGGCUCUCGGCGACGUCAAGGCCGCAAACCUGACGGAAUGGGUAUCACAAGCUCACGUUCAGCGUACGAUACGACGCGAAUUCAAAGCUUUCCUCACCUCCUACACAGAUGCAUCUGGCUCCUCAGUUUACGGUAAUCGCAUUCGAACUCUCGGUGAGAUCAAUGCCGAGUCGCUGGAAGUUUCGUACGAACACCUCUCCGAGAGCAAGGCUAUUCUUGCAUACUUCUUGGCAAACGCUCCGUCCGAGAUGCUCCAGCUCUUUGACGAGGUUGCCAUGGACGUCGUUCUCCUGCAUUACCCCGACUACGCGCGCAUCCACUCGGAGAUUCACGUACGCAUCUUUGAACUGCCUGUUCACUAUACCCUGCGUCAGCUCCGUCAAUCUCAUCUUAACUGCCUUGUCCGCGUCAGUGGUGUCGUUACUCGCCGCUCUGGCGUCUUCCCACAGCUGAAAUACGUCAAGUUUGACUGCACAAAGUGCGGCAUUACCCUUGGACCGUUCCAGCAAGAAUCCAACGUCGAAGUCAAGAUUUCAUACUGUCAAAACUGCCAGUCGCGAGGGCCAUUUACGCUCAACUCGGAGAAGACUGUCUACCGCAAUUACCAGAAGCUGACUCUCCAGGAAUCCCCUGGUACUGUCCCUGCCGGUCGCUUGCCCCGUCAGCGAGAAGUUAUUCUUCUGUGGGACCUGAUUGACAAGGCGAAGCCUGGCGAGGAGAUUGAGGUUACAGGCAUCUACCGCAACAACUACGAUGCUCAACUCAACAACAGAAACGGUUUCCCGGUGUUCGCUACAAUUUUGGAAGCAAACAAUGUCGUCAAGUCGCAUGAUCAACUGGCCGGCUUCCGUCUCACCGAAGAAGACGAGCAAGCUAUCCGCAAGCUCUCCCGCGACCCCAACAUUGUAGACAAGAUUGUCAACUCCAUUGCACCCAGCAUCUACGGCCACACCGACGUGAAAACGGCAGUUGCUUUGUCACUCUUUGGCGGUGUUGCCAAGACUACCAAGGGCGCGCAUCACAUUCGAGGUGACAUCAACGUCCUUCUUCUUGGUGAUCCCGGUACUGCAAAAUCUCAGGUCCUCAAGUAUGCUGAGAAGACUGCACACCGAGCUGUGUUUGCUACCGGUCAGGGAGCCAGUGCUGUCGGUUUGACAGCAAGUGUGCGCCGCGACCCGCUGACGAGCGAAUGGACUCUGGAGGGCGGUGCGCUCGUGCUCGCUGAUCGCGGCACGUGUCUCAUUGACGAGUUUGACAAGAUGAAUGACCAGGAUCGCACGUCUAUCCACGAAGCCAUGGAGCAGCAGACAAUCUCCAUCUCCAAGGCCGGUAUCGUCACGACCCUCCAAGCUCGCUGCGGUAUCAUUGCUGCGGCCAACCCUAUUGGCGGGCGCUACAACUCGACGAUCCCCUUCUCCUCCAACGUGCAGCUUACAGAGCCCAUUUUGUCCCGUUUCGACGUCCUCUGCGUCGUGCGCGACACUGUGGAGCCCGAGGAAGACGAGCGCCUGGCACGGUUCAUCGUGGGCUCGCACAGCCGCAGCCACCCUCUCGCCGAGGACUCGACGCAGGACACGCGCGCGGCGGCCAGCGACGUGCAGGAAGAGGCAGACCGGGUCCGCAGAGACAAUGAGAUCCCGCAGGAGUUGCUGCGCAAGUAUAUUCUGUACGCGCGCGAGCGCUGCAGCCCCAAGCUGUACCACAUGGACGAGGACAAGGUCGCACGUCUCUUUGCCGAUAUGCGACGAGAGUCGCUGGCGACUGGCGCCUACCCCAUCACUGUUCGUCAUCUGGAGGCCAUUAUCCGCACCAGCGAGGCGUUUUGCCGCAUGCGCCUCUCAGAGUACUGCUCCGCGCAGGACAUUGACCGCGCCAUUGCGGUCACUGUAGAGAGUUUCGUGGGCAGCCAAAAGGUCAGCUGCAAGAAGGCCUUGGCUCGCGCCUUUGCCAAGUACACGCUGGCUCGUCCCAACUCCCAGAAGAGGGGCGGCAACUCACAACGCCGACCUGCUGCCGUCAUGGCGUAG